ACAAGGUUUCAAUUUGUACUAUUGUACCAGUGAGGACUCAGCAGGGCUUCUCCUGUCAGAAAGAACCAAUCGAAUGGCAGAGAGAAAGCAGUAAUGCAGAGAUUAAUCUUCCAUAUCGUCACUGAAGGACACAUUUAUUUCUUCUUGUUAGUCUCAUUUUGCACUUCAAUUGCCUAGAAAGUAAUUUCAACAAAGAACUGCUGUAAACUUAAGUGAAGGAUCCACAUCAUACAUGGACAUUUGAAAUACUGUAGUGUACACAGACACACAAACACCUAACAAUCCAUCUUACUCCUUAGAGCUAGUGGAAACUCCUAUGAUGCUCUACAUUGUCAUCAGACCUAUUGGUCUUGUAAAACUAUUGUUUAGUGCGGUUUAAAGCUGAAAAAAACAUGUUUGAUCCCUUAAAGGAGCAGUGCGUAGGAUUUAGUGUCAUCUAGUGGUGAGGUUUCAGAUUACACAAUGAAAAAUAGCAAUGAUGAUUAUAUUCCUUUAAGUUCCUUUUAGACAUUACAGUGUUAAAUGGGAGCCGAAGGAAAGAGGAAAAAUAACCAUCACACGCAUCUCAAGUCAAAAAGGGCUUCUGUGUUUCCUUUGGUUGAUGCAUUUUUCUCCUGGUGUUUCUGUCUAAUUCAAGUAAUUCAGUUUCUCAAUCUGCAUCAUAAUGUUGAAUCAAAUCACCCUCAUCGUGUGAUGUGCGCACUCAUCGUUUGAGGCACAACGCAUUGCUAAUUGGUGAAAUAGGGAACAGCUGCGGGAUCAGGUGGAGGAGCCGGUAAUGACUGAAGUUGGAAAUCGCCCAAGUAGUAGCAGCUGGACCGCCGGGGAAUGGCAGCGUCUGAUAUGACAGGGAGCAUUAGUAUGCAAAGAAGUGGGGGUAAAUGUUGAAAUUCUUGUAUUGCCAACAUGACUUCAAAUGAAGCCAUGAAGUUGUUGCCUUGCUUUUUUUAUGCUGAAUUGAAUCAUUUUUCAUAGUGUAACACAUCUAAUAUACCUUAAAGCAUAUCACAACAGGGUUUCAUGUUAUUUUAACAAUUGACUAAGGACAAAUAUCAUGCCAUAUUUAGCAUACUGCAAUAACAAACGUGUCCAUAAAGAGCUGAUUUCUCAACACUGAAUUUUUAUGUUUCUACAGGUCAUCAGUGAAAUUAAAAACAGGUGUACCUGGUUAACCUCUAAGCAGUUACUGGGCGCUGCUAAGUAGUUGAGACAAACAAGUUGGAUUUAACGGCAACGUAUUACAUUUCAUCUGAUUCUAUAUGAGUGUGCACCGCGAAAGACAACCUAACAUGUGCUUUGACAUGUGGUACGUUCCAGUUUAAAUAAGGCUGGGGGGGCUGUCCGUCGAGCGGUUUCUGUGACGGACAUGUUGGGAUUCUACUUCGAUUCUUUCUGGGUUUUUGUCUUUUUUUACAUGUUUUUGACAACAGAACAUCAUUGUCUUAGACCACAAGCGCUUAACGUCCCUCUGAAACUUUCCCAACAGCUCUUCAUGUCCAUGGAUAGAUGCAUUGCAGGUGCAAGUGAUUCUUCUUUGCAUUAAGCCAAAACUUAAAUAAAAUGUACUUUUUACUCUUCAAAAGAAUCCAUGAUAUAUUCCGAUUUGCAUUGCGAGCCAGUGUGUAGGUGUUAAUGACCAUUGAUCUGCAAUGAUUAUGAGCCACGCCAACUGUCCAUGUGUCCCACCAGAGACCGUGUCCUUGAACGACGGUGGUGGUUGUGUAAUAAGGAAUUCAUGCCCUUUGUAAAAUCAUUUCAUGAAAGAGAUCUAUACCACAGUGAUCCAGAGUCCAUUUGUUGAAUCCUUUUUUAAAUGUAGCAUAAAUCUAAUUUAAAUAAACUGAAAUCAAUCUGGUUCCUUGAUCAUAGCUGAUCUCUUGUUCUACUUCAGAUUAAUAAUUAAACACAUUUUAAUUGAAUUCCCAUAUUAAACAACCAUUCAGCGGGGGCUUAUCCAAAUUAUAAAUUGGCACAAGCUGUGGGGAAAAUAUAGUUUACAUCCCAUUAACAUUUCAUGAGCGCUAAUCCAAUCUAUGGUUUUGCAUAUCUACAUGCCGCAUUGACUCAUCCCUGGGAGAUGCAGCAGUAACAGCUUGUAUUCUUAUUACGGAGCAGUCAGUUUAAACAUAUUUGCCACUGUGCUUGAGCACUUGAUACAGCAGCACAGAGUGAGUAAGCCCGGAGGCCCUUUUCUCUCCUGUAAGGACGGCCCGCGCCACCAAAAUAUCCCUGCAAUGCCGGGACGGCGACGUGCCUUUGGAAGUGUGUUAAGAAUAGACUCACAAUAGGGCUUGCUUCUGUUGUCUGAGGACAGAAAGUUGUCUGCAGGGCACAGAGGAAGAGGUGAUACGGAGUAUUUAAAUGGGUCUUUCGGAGACCUGGAGUACAUGAAUGGAUCACGCUGGAUUUUCCCACCUGGAACCUGGCACAUACUCCUAGGAAAAAGAGAGAGUGAGAGGAAGUCAGAGUGUUGGGGGGGACUUUUUGGAUCUUAUUGUGCUACUGGAAGCCAAGGUGCCCCUUGGCGGGAAGGGUAGGGGGAAAGUGUCUAGGCAGCGAGAAGGUACAGGGUUUUACUCCGUGGCCUGAAACUGGAAGAUCCUGCAGCGCCUUAAGCAUUGCAAGCAUGACGGGAAUGAGUGGCUCUGAGGUCAUCUUCAUCUCUGUCAAUCACAACAUCACUUUGAUGGGUGAGUGGCGUUCACUGACACAUUAACAGCUUUCUGUGUUAUGUUUGUGCAGUGAGAAAUGUCGGCUAUUCUAGAGAUCUAUAAAUCUCAAGGUGUAAUCAGGCAAUUAUCAAAUAAGCCCUUUUUUAUCAACAUGCUUAUUUUUCAGGCAAGGUUUGGCUCGUCGUGAUGAUCUUCCUCCGUAUCCUGAUCCUCCUCCUGGCUGGUUAUCCUCUCUACCAGGACGAGCAGGAGCGAUUCGUGUGUAACACCAUUCAGCCCGGCUGUGCCAACGUGUGCUAUGAUCUGUUUUCUCCCAUCUCACUCUUCCGCUUCUGGCUGGUGCAGCUCGUCACCUUGUGUCUCCCCUACUUCAUCUUCAUUAUCUACGUGGUCCACAAGGUCUCGAAGGGCCUCACAGUGGACCCGUACCCCUCGGGCCGCACCAAAGCCCCACCUUUGCUCGAGAACCACCAGGAGCCGUUCACCAAGACAUCUGUAAACAAGACGGCUGAGCACAGGGGGGCUCGGUGCUUCACGGGAGCCUACAUCCUCCAUCUGUUGUUCAGAACGUUGCUGGAGGCAGGGUUUGGGGCAGCUCACUACUAUCUGUUUGGUUUCCACAUCCCGAGGAGGUUCCUGUGCCAGCAUCCGCCGUGCACCACCCAGGUGGACUGCUACAUCUCUAGGCCCACUGAAAAGACCGUGAUGCUCAACUUCAUGCUCGGCGCGGCUGCUUUGUCCCUUUUCCUCAACGUGCUGGAUUUCUUCUGUGCCAUCAAGCGGUCGGUGAAACAGAAAAGCAAGAGCAGGAUGACGGUAGUGGAGAAGAUAUAUGAGGAAGAGCAAUGUUUCCUUUCGGCUAAGCAGGAGAAAGAAGGGGCUGGUCUCCCGGGGAGCUUCCGGAAAAGGCGAGGCAGCAAGGGCUCUAGUGCAGGGCUUGCUUUAGGUCAGGAAACACCCGGCAUGGAGCGCUCUUCUCUUCCACACUCUCCAGGACAUCCUGGCUGCAACACCAACGGAAACAACGGCUACUCUGUUUCCCAGGAGGAAGCUCUGGAAAGGAAUGGCAGCGAGGUGGCUCUUUGCCCCCCAGAGGCGAUGAGGACACCUAGAUCAAUCCGUGUUAGCAAACGGAGUCGACACAAACCCCCACCUCCGCCCAGACGGGACCUCGGCGCGCCCCCCAGGGAGCCAGCGGUUCCCUUCGGAGACGUUUCCACAGCAAUUUGUACCAGACGUGUGGGUCAGUACACGCUGGUUGAACUGGGUAGCGGCGCAGAGCCACAGACCAAUGAUGAAGAGAUGAGAUCUGAGUGGGUGUGAGAGUUGGAUUGCUUUAUUUUCAGGUUAUUUUGGAGCACAAGGAUGGGACAAAUAGUUGUGGAAGACAUGUGACCAACCGACACAGAUAACCUCAGGCAUUGCUGAAUCCUCAGGCAUGACAGUGGCAGCAACUGAUAGAUCAUACAUCCAGCUCUACUUCCAUUUCAGAAUGCAUACUGCACUGCCACUUGAGGAGAAUACACUAUAUAAUGACAAUGCAUUCACAAGACACCUUAGACCCAAGAGGCAGAAUUGUGUUUGAUGUGAUUUCAUCACGCCAUCGGAUCACGUUGCCUUUUAAGAGGCUGAGAAGUGGAGUGAUGAAACCGACAAGAAUUCAAGUCCAGUGCUUCGGUGUCACUGAACAAAUCUCAACCUUGGGGAAAUCUAAAACAGAGCACCCCACCUGUUUUCCCCCGUUAUUGGCUUUUAAUCCCACCUUCCCAGACACACUGCCCAUUAACAUAGACAGGCCUUGACCUGUCCCAACACCAUCCCCCACUAUAUAUGAUACCACAAACUCUUUUGAGUUUGGUCACUGGGGUCAAAGAACAAGGUUAGCCUUAAGGUCCUGUUGUUGGAUGUUUGGGUGACCUUUUUAGAAUAAGUAGGUCAGGCCCAAAUGAAAAAAACAUAAUCUGUCUGUGGUGUUAUCAGACUCAUGGAAAGGAAUAGGACUCGUUUGUCAGAAGUCAAGGACACUAUGAAGGACCCUAAAGGCGGUAUAGGCUCACAAAGCAAUUAUGCUCCCCCAUGGGGUUCUGUAUUUAUGGAGACGGCUUGUCACUCUAUUUCAGGGCCUUGCUGAGCUUAGGAGGAAUACAAGCCUUAACACACACUGUCACUAGAAAUAGAGCACAGCGGAGCUCUGCAAAGGAGCAGCGAUGCCAGAUGCCCUUCAAGAUAUGUGCUACCUGGGGUUUUAAUUUCACCUUGAUCGGAUCAAAACUCAGAUCCAACACUCCCACCGUGACACAUGUCAAUCAUCGGCCGCCUAGUGUAUAAAGUCAUUGCUGCAAGAUUUAAAUGACUUUUUCCUUUUCUGAAAUGUUUAACCAACCUGUCUGAGAUUGGAUUCUUGAAAUCUCUUGACUACCCAACACAGGUGAUUGUGAGAAUACUCCCACAGAAAAUCUUCAGUCACACCUGCUGCUCUAUAGCUGGAGGGGGGAGGCCUUUGUGUAAACGGAUAGUCUUUGAUCACUCUCCUCUUGUGGUGUCUUUGAAACAUGACAACAAAAGCUCCCCAGCCUCAUGUCUCACCUAUCCACUGAGGGCCGCAGCCUCACCAUCAUCAGGAGGACCAUGGGGGGGCACAGCAGGUCUGAUGGUGCCGCACCUCCUCCAUACACCCAUCAGUGCCUAACAGUCAUAUUCCAAAAACUAUUCAUAGUUUUUUUUCCAAUACAAUAUGAGUUGUAUUGAUACUGUUUGAUACGCUACUUUAUGUAACUCUUGUUCCUUAACAAAGGAAAAAUACUUUGAUAGUUUGGUCUCAUGUUUUGUAAUGUUUUAUUGACUUUUAUUAAUGUAAUAUUGUUUAAAUUAUCAAUGCACUUGGUUGUAAAUGCUCUAGUUUGAUCACUCCACCAAUAGUGUAGCUUGAGAUCAUGCAUCCAUUCGCUGACACAAAAAGCCAUUUAUUAAAUGAAACAUUUUACAAGAUAGAUAUUCACGUGUUAAUUGCAUCUUCAUGAAACAUUUUGGUUGUGACAAUAUCUGUCAUAAAUCGGGUACAUUUUAAGAAAAAUAUGUUUUUCCUGUGCUGUAGUUUUUCUUAACAUUAUUAAAACAAUAAAUAAGUAAAAGCGUCACUGUUAAGCAGCUUCCCAUAUUCUUGAAAAGACGUGGUAAUUUCAGGCCAUGGAGAUCGAUAUUAAGUUGUCAGGUUUCCAAUCUGGAG